AUGCUGCUUACACGGACGACCCGGCUCCUGUCUCGCGGCCAGCGCGGUUUCGCGACCUCGUCGGCGUGGUCGAAAUCAAAGGUCUUCCCCUCGGCCGCGGCGGCCGUCGACGUCGUCAAGUCGAACGACACACUGCUCUCGGGCGGCUUUGGCCUGUGCGGCGUGCCCACCACGCUGAUCGAGGCGCUGUCCAAGCGCAAGGACGAGGUGAAGGGGAUCACGGGCGUGAGCAACAAUGCCGGCGCGCUCGUCAAAGGCAGCGCUAGGGGCCUCGCUGUGCUCCUCGAGACGGGGCAGCUGAGCAAGAUGAUCUCGAGCUUUAUUGGCAACAACAAGCUCCUCGAGACAAUGUACCUCACUGGCCAGAUCGACCUCGAGCUCACGCCGCAGGGCACGCUCGCCGAGCGCCUGCGUGCCGCCGGCGCCGGCGUGCCAGCGUUCUACACGCCUACGGGCGUGGGAACGCCGGUGCAGUUCGCGAGCGUGCCGCUGCGGAACGACACCGAGGGCAAGCCCCUGCUGUUCCCGCCCAAGCGCGAGACGCGCGAGUUCGACGGGCGCGAGUACGUCCUCGAGAACGCGAUCAAGGGCGACGUCGCGUUCAUCCGCGCGUGGAAGGCCGACGAGGCGGGCAACGUCGUGUUCAGGUACACUGCCAACAACUUUAGCACGGCCAUGGCCAAGAGCGCCAAGGUGACGAUUGUCGAGGCCGAGGAGAUUGUCCCCAUAGGCACCCUCGACCCCAUGGAGGUCCACCUCCCCGGCAUCUACGUCAGCCGCGUCGUCAAGUCGACAACGCCAAAGGAGAUUGAGUUUGUGACCACUGCGCCUGAGCCGGGCGCCGACGAUGCCGCGCUGGGCAAGGGCGAGGCCAAGGCGCGCCGCGAGAACAUUGUCAAGCGCGCGGCCCUCGAGCUCGAGGACGGCUUCUACGUCAACCUCGGCAUCGGCAUGCCAACGCUCAUCCCCAGCUUUGUCCCCGAGGGCCGCCAGAUCUGGCUGCAGAGCGAGAACGGCCUGCUGGGCAUGGGCCCGCUGCCGACCAAGGAGCAGGUCGACGCCGACGUCAUCAACGCCGGCAAGGAGACGGUCACGAUGGUGCCGGGCGCGAGCGUGUUCGACUCGUCCGAGUCGUUUGCCAUGAUCCGCGGCGGGCACGUCGACGUGUCGGUGCUUGGUGCGAUGGAGGUGUCGGCGGCCGGCGACCUCGCGAACUGGAUCAUUCCCGGCAAGCUUGUGAAGGGCAUGGGCGGCGCAAUGGACCUCGUGUCAUCACCGGACCAGACCAAGAUCAUCGUGGUGACCGACCACACGGACAAGCACGGCAAGCCCAAGAUUGUCGAGCAGUGCUCUCUGCCGCUCACGGGCGCGCGGUGCGUCAGCCUGAUCAUCACCGAGCUGGCAGUGUUCGAGGUCGACCGCAAGGCGGGCAAGCUUAUUCUUGCCGAGCUGCAGCCCGGCGCGACGCUCGACGAGGUCAAGGCCAAGACGGGCGCGUCGUUCACCGUCAAGGUGGGGCUUAAGGAGGUGCAGGUGUAG